CUGAAAGAAAGAUGUCUGCAACGGAGGACGACACUGAGUUGCGGGAUCUGUUGAUCCAAACCUUAGAAAACAAUGGGGUGUUGAAUAAACUAAAGGCAGAAAUGCGCGCUGCUGUCUUCCUGGCCAUGGAUGAACAAGCUAGAGUGGAGAAUAAAACUCCACUUGUCAAUGAAAACUUGAAGAAAUGUCUUAAUACACAGGAUGGACACCUGGUGGCCAGCCUUAUCAUAGACUUCCUGCAGGUGUUCCACAUAGACUUCACGCUUGCUGUCUUCCAGCCAGAGAUCAACUCACUAAAUGGCCUGGGCAGCCGUGAGCAGGUGUCUCGUGAUCUGGGUAUCACUGAGACCGAUAUGAAUAGGACCACUCCUCUGCUGCUUGAGCUUGUCAAGAGAGGCAGACACAGGGAGAAGGCCUCCAUCUUCUCAGCGGAACUAUCCCCCAGGCAAAUAGCAGAUGCUCGGCAGAAGUUUGACAGUUAUGACAAGGACAGAACUGAUGGGAUAUGCAAAGAGGAUUUGGAAGCUCUGUUCGGAGAUGUCUUUCCCAACUUCAACAAGAACAUGCUGGAGAGGUUCGUCACUGAUGAGCUCCGAGCUGGAGACAAAGCCUCCAGUAAAUCUAGUGACUUCCAAGAGUUUCUGGGCUUGUACAGGCGCUUCUUCAGUCAGUGUCGAAGUGUGAUCACCCAUGACACCAGUGAUGUCAUUCACAAUCCCAGUGGAUUUGUUGAGAAGAUGAGCCCUUCACCGGCGAGUAAGAUCCCCAGGUUUAAAGGACAUAAGAACAGUGCGCAGGAGGAGAAGGCUGACGCCAAGGGCGAGGAGGUCAGCCACAGUGGCACCAGUCUGAACUUCGUCUCUCUAAAGGGUAAAGGUCAGGGUCACGUGGUGUCGAGGCACAGCGAGGCGUCCGGGGACAACGGCAACGCCCCCGUGGCGAGCCUGAAGAAGGGUCUCGAGGUGGAGGAGCACACAGACGAGAGCAACUCGUUCUUUGACGACCCUCUGCCUAAACCACAGAAAACCUAUGGCUGGAGAGCAGCAGAUUUGGGGAGGGGAGUGGGCAGCAGCACCCUGGCCUCCUUUUUGGACCCGGUCACACAGCGGAGUGCUGCAGGUGGGGGGUCCCACUCAGGAGAAUCCCACCACAAAGACCUCUCAGGCAGCAGGAACGAUGAUGACGUUGACUGUGAUGAUGACUUUAACAGCCAUCGAUCAGAUAUCUCUAAGCGUGAGGUGAGCAUUGGAGAAGAGAUCGAGGAGGUUUCCGUCGAGGGACCUGACAACAGCAAUAAGCCUAUCUAUCCCCCCCAUCAGUUUGAUGAGACACUGAGGUCCUGAGUGGUAUCUCAGCUCAGCCAGACUCAAGGAGCUGACUACAUGGAGGAGGUGGCAUGACAGUCCAUCAGCCUUAUACCACACAGGCCAUUUCUACUAUGUUAACUAUUAUUUAUGUUGUGUGUACCAGAUGAGGCUGGUGGGAGGAGCUAUGUGAGGAUGGGCUCAUUGUAAUGGUUGUAAUGGUAUCUUUGGAAAGGAGUUAAACGUGUUUUGACUCCGUUCCAUUAAUUCCAUCCCAGCCAUUACAAUGAGCCAAUCCUCCUAUAGCUCCUCCCACCAGCCUCCUAUGGCGUGUACACAGAACUAAUAAAAUCACCCCUUACCCAGAUUGUUCUUGAAGACUGUUUCUAUUGUGCUCCGUUAUAACAUCAUGUAUCACAAUUGAAUGUCAAGGAUCUCAGGGAUGACAUGUUGAUACAUGAAUGACAUGUUUUCUGUCAAUCUGAAACCACAAUGUGGGAGUUUACUGUAAUUUAUGCUGUGGCACUAACAUAUGUUGGCAGACAGUUUCAACCACAAAAACCAGGGUGGUUUUUCUCGCAAAGAAGGGCGCCUAAUUUUUUUUUUUUUUUUUAAGGCAGACAUUGAAUAUCCCUUUGAGCAUGGUGAAGUUAUUAAUUAAUUACACUUUGGAUAGUGUAUCAAUAUGUCCAGUCAGUACAAAUAUACAGGCGUCCUUCCUAACUCGGUUGACCAAUGGUGACUUUUUAAAACAGUGAAGAAUGUAAUGGCAGUAAGGGAAAAAAGGCCAUGCCUGUGCACGUGACUUUCCCCACAGUCCCAUUAGGGUGAUUUCUCCCUUUCUCAGCUGUCUAUCAACAGCCUCCUUGAUUCCAAGGCCCGAAUGCAUAUUUAGACUCUGACCCAUCCCAGGUCAGUGGCUGUCGUUGUCGGCAGGUGAAGACCCAAGUUAUCAGUGUUUUUACCAGGAAGAUUGUGUGUGCAUCCAUAAAGUGGUUUGUGAGUUUAUACUUGUGGGUUUUAUGCUGUUAGCAAUUCUGACUCACUUAUUGUUACUUCCUUACAUUUUAACUGCACAUGCAGUGCUGUUUAACAUGAAGCUAAUGUUUGUGUAUAUUUCAGAUAUGACAUCCAUGGUAUUUACAGUUGAAGUCAGAAGUUUACAUACACCUUAGCCAAAUACAUUUAAACUCAGUUUUUCACAAUUC